GUCCCAACAUGCCUCAGAACGAGUACAUCGAGCUUCAUACAAAACGCCAUGGCAGGCGUUUGGAUUAUGAAGAGAAAAAGCGUAAAAAGGAGGGUAGAAGACCCCAUGAAAUGGCCGUGAAGGCGAAAAAGUUAAGAGGAAUCAAAGCAAAGUUGUACAACAAGAAGAGACAUGCAGAGAAAGUACAGAUGAAAAAGACUAUCAAGAUGCAUGAAGAGAAAAAGACGAAACAGAAGUCUGCAGACAACGACUCACAGUUUGGCAAUCCCAGCUAUUUGUUGGAGCGUGAGAAUCAGAUCAGAGCCAAGGUUCUUUCCAACACUAUAAAACAGAAACGUAAAGAAAAAGCGGGCAAGUGGAACGUGCCCAUCCCCAAGGUGAAAGGCGUGUCUGAGGCUGAAGUGUUCAAAGUUGUCAAGACUGGGAAAACAAAACGAAAGGGAUGGAAACGCAUGGUUACCAAGGUGACUUACGUGGGAGAAGGGUUCACAAGAAAGCCUGUCAAAUUUGAGAGGUUUAUUAGACCAAUGGGUCUCCGUUUCAAGAAAGCAAACGUCACGCAUCCAGAACUGAAAGCUUCCUUCUUUUUGCCCAUCAUUGGCGUGAAGAAAAACCCUAGCUCUACAAUGUACACAAGUCUAGGUGUCAUCACCAAGGGAACAGUCAUAGAAGUCAACAUCAGUGAAUUGGGUCUUGUUACACAUUCUGGAAAAGUUGUGUGGGGUAAAUACGCUCAAGUGACCAACAAUCCGGAAAAUGAUGGCUGCAUCAACGCUGUGUUGUUAGUGUGAUCUGAUGUGCUGGGGCGGGAGGGGACAAUGUAUUAUAAUAAAAAAUGAUGUAAUCCU